GACGUCAUUAAACCGGCAACGGGAGCCCAAUAACGUCCUCGUGAAAGCGGGACAGAGUUACUGACAAGAACAUCACCAACCACUUCGGGGAGGAACUUGUCUUGUUUGCUUCGAGAUUGGAGGCUGCAGAAAUGGGAAAUAUUCGGAAUCAUUGCUUCCUGGGAUUGCUUGCGAUAUUGCUUGUGCUCGGGACAAUGACUGAGAUUACCGAGGCUUCCCCGAGUCCAGAAACCAUUCCCACGGAUCCUAAUGGCUGCCCUCUGCUACCAGCACCUCCUUCUCCUUUAGAUCCCGAAGACCCUUCUGGAGGCACGAAAGAGUGUGAAACAGACAAAGACUGCGGAGGUCGCCGACUUUGUUGUCCAACUGGAGCCUGUUGUGGAACAUUCUGUUUUGACCCUCGUCCUGUCACUACCAAGAGACCCAGAGUGUCUCCUUGGGGUUAAAUCUCUUGGACUAACACCCAUGUGAGGACAUGUGAAUGACGUCUUCUAUCUGAUAUAGAUA